AGCCCUGCCGGCCCAUGAGAUCCGCAUCUCUGGCCAUGUUACUGAUGGUGCUACUCAGGCUCUCAGCCCAGGGCAACGCCACUCCAGAGAACCACGUGUGUCAGGUAUCUGUAGAAUGCUACUACACCUUCAACGGGACGCAGCGCCUAAUGAUAAGAUACGUCUAUAACAGAGAGGAGUUCUUGUACUUCGACAGCGAGGCCUGGGGGUUCCACGCCGUCACCGAGCUCGGUCGCCUGAUCACCGAGCGAUUGAACAAAUUGAACCUGGAAGAGCUGGGGCUUACGCGGGCCAAGGUGGACAGUGCCUGCAGAGAGAGCUACCAAGAGUUGGAGAGUCUCACCGUGCAGCGCCGAGUCCGGCCCAAAGUGAACGUCUCCCCCUCCAAGAAGGGGUCUUCACAGCACCAACACCUGCUCGUCUGCCACGUGACAGAUUUCUACCCAGGAGACCUUCAAGUCCGGUGGUUCCUGAACGGACAGGAGGAAACCGACGGGGUCGUGUCCACCAACCUGAUCCGGAAUGGGGACUGGACCUUCCAGAUCCUGGUGAUGCUGGAGAUGAACCCUCAUGCGGGGGACGUGUACACCUGCCACGUGGAGCACCCCAGCCUGGACAGCCCCAUCACGGUGGACUGGAAGGCACAGUCUGACUUGGCCCGGAGCAAGAUGCUCACUGGAGUCGGGGGCUUGGUGCUGGGGCUCGUCUUCCUUGCAGUGGGCGUCUUCAUGCACAGGAAGAGCAAGAAAGUUCAGCGAGGAUCCCGGUAACCAGGGUUCCUGACCUGACCUGGAGGCUGCACCCUGGACCCGGUUUUGUUCUGUUCUUUCAUGGCCAAGGCCAAGGCCGCUACUGCUGCUGGGU